AAACAUAGCUCUUUGCCAUCAAAAUGGCGGCGUUCUUGUGUAUUAUCAGUCGCUCAAAUUUAGUUGGAAAUUUGUACAGUUUUCCCAGGGUAUUUCAAUCGGUUCUUCCUGGAGGUCUUUGGAUAAGAUCAUUCAAAACUUCAACACCUCUGGAUAAAUUUUAUUUGAAGCCAAAUUACCUCAAGAAAUGGGGAAGGAGAGACAAGAUAAGAAGAGAACUGUAUGCAGAGUAUGAGAUGGAACGUACCAACUUGAGAUUUUUAAAGAAAAACGAUAUUUUACCUUCUACUAUUCGCAAGAAAGCUGCUGAAGAUCUGGUAAAACUGCCUAGGGACAGUUCAAUCACAAGAGUUCGCAAUCGUUGUGUUUUGACUGACAGAGGAAGGGCCCUUGUUGGACGAUUUCGUGUUUCAAGAAUGAUGUUCCGCUAUUAUGCUGACAAAGGUUUGAUGGCUAGUAUGCAGAAAGCAACGUGGUGAAGGGACUCUUUGUCAUCAUUAUGGGAGACCCAAGUGUUGUCUAGUUACAGAACUAUUGCUGAAGGGCUUGUGGUUUAGCUUAAGCAAUCUUGAGUAGCUUUUUUAAUGCAUUUUUGUAUACAUAAUGAUUAUUUCCUGUUACAUGCCAACUUCACUUAUUGGGUGAAUCCAUAUUGGUUUGGUCAAGUGCAAGCAUAACAUCCUGAGUGCAACAAAAUUUGAAGAAACUCAGUUGAAUUCCCUGUAUAUUGAAAUCAACUUUUAAGGGGAACUAAGAUUCGAAGGUUUCCAUGGAAAUUGACAAUUUCAUCCUAGUUACCUCAUAUUGUGCCAGUGCCUUGAGAAUCACAACGCGUUUGCCUGAUAUUUUCUGUUUUUACUUUUGUACUGUCUUUGAGCUAUGAUAUGUGUAAAAACACUCUUGUUUUCCAGGCAAUGUUUUUAAGAGAUCUUUUAGGUCUUUUUUCAAAGGAAAAAUGGAAUGAUACAUUUAUCUUAGUUUGUCCAGCUAGUGAUGUCAUAAAAGAAGGAAACCACUUGGAAACCAUUUUUUUUUUGGUAGAUGUCUUUUUCAUAGAAACAAUUAAAAGAUCAGUAGAGAAAAUGGUAGAGCAGUGAAUUUCAGUUCAUUUACUGGUAAUAUAUCAGGCAAUCUGGGAACCAUACCCCAUGUAAAGACAAUAAACUUGAUUGAUUGAUUGAUUGAUUAACCCCUACUAGUGACCAGCUUCAAAUUUUUUCUCUGCAAUAUCACCCCUGAAUCACACAUUGAGGUCACAAGAGUAAAGGAAAUGAUCACCAACUUAAAAAAACUCUUGAUUGUUCAACAAAUUCUCCUUGUCAGCACCUCAGUAAAUGUAUAGAGAACAGUAUGGAGAAUAUACCCACUGAUGUAAGAGUGUAAGAUCUUGAUAAAAGUUGUCCUAAAAAUUGACUCAUCUGGAUUUCAGGAAGUGUUCAACAAACAUACAUCACACAUUUUGAGUGUCUAGUGUGGUCUGCCUAAUAAGUGGUGUCUAAGAUGACCUAGACAUGUUUUAUUCAUCAUUUAUAUUUUAUUGUUCAUAAUUUAUUUGGAGCCCAACAUACUGACUUGCUAUUAAGACCAAUAUUUCUUAUAUGGAUACGUAAAUGUCCGAUGUCGGUAAGAUGUAAUUGUAAGAAUUAUUUUCCAUCACCACUGUAAAGGUUCUGAUUGAUGGGUAAAGGAUUGUUAUUUUUUUGGCUAGUGAUGUUGAUGGUUUUCCCCUUUAAAAAAAUGCACUUUGUACCUCGUCUAGUUUUUGCUUAUUUGCUGUAUAUAUUUUUGAUUUGAAGAGCAUUUUCAGUUUCAGUUUUGAUUUAUCUGGUAUUGCUUUAGGAAUUUCUCAUAAAUUACGUAAAACAUGGCAUGAAAUUGUUUGGGUUGCUGCUUCUUGUCUGUGAUAGAAUAAAUCGAGAAAUGUCAAAAUAUAGUAAAACAUUUA